AGUAAAGGUAUUGGCUACUCAGCUCACUUUGUGGGUAACUGUCUGAUCGUCACAUCCCUGAAGUCCAAGGGGAAAGGCUUCCAACACUGUGUGAAGUACGACUUUCAACCCCGCAAGUGGUACAUGAUCAGCAUCGUCCACAUCUACAACCGCUGGAGGAACAGUGAGAUCCGUUGCUAUGUCAACGGUCAGCUGGUCUCUUACGGUGACAUGGCCUGGCACGUCAACACCAACGACAGUUAUGAUAAGUGUUUCCUAGGUUCGUCGGAGACGGCAGAUGCUAACAGGGUGUUCUGUGGUCAGCUGGGGGCCAUCUACGUGUUCAGUGAGGCUCUCAAUCCCGCUCAGAUCUUCGCCAUACAUCAACUGGGUCCGGGCUACAAGAGCACCUUUAAGUUUAAGUCGGAGAGUGAUAUCCACUUGGCAGAGCACCAUAAGCAGGUCCUGUAUGACGGGAAGCUGGCCAGCUCCAUCUCUUUCACCUACAACGCCAAGGCCACCGACGCACAGCUCUGUCUGGAGUCAUCGCCCAGAGAGAACACAUCCAACUUCGUUCACUCACCACACGCACUCAUGCUGCAGGAUGUGAAGGCCAUAGUUACCCACUCCAUCCACAGUGCCAUCCAUUCUAUAGGAGGGAUUCAGGUCCUCUUCCCUCUCUUCUCACAACUGGACUACAGACAACUCAACGACAGCUCUGUGGACACCAGCGUGUGUGCCACCCUCCUGGCAUUCCUGGUUGAUCUGUUGAAGAGCUCCGUGGCCAUGCAGGAACAGAUGCUGGGGGGAAAAGGAUUCCUGGUGAUCGGGUACCUGCUGGAGAAGUCGUCCAGGGUCCACAUCACCAGAGCGGUGCUGGAACAGUUCUUGUCCUUUGCUAAGUACCUGGACGGGUUAACCCACGGAGCGCCACUCCUCAAACAGCUGUGUGACCACGUCCUCUUCAACGCUGCCAUCUGGAUACACACAGCCGCUAAGGUCCAGUUGUCCCUGUACACCUACCUGUCUGCGGAGUUCAUUGGGACGUCGACCAUCUACAGCACCAUCCGUCGUGUCGGUACCGUUCUGCAGCUGAUGCACACGCUGAAGUACUACUACUGGGUCAGCAACCCACUGGAGAGCAGUGGUAUCACACCUAAAGGACUGGAUGGACCGAGGCCGUCCCAGAACGAGAUCGUCUCUCUCAGAGCCUUCAUUCUGCUGUUCCUCAAACAACUCAUACUCAAGGAUCGGGGUGUGAAGGAAGAUGAGCUACAGAGCAUCCUGAACUACUUGCUGACCAUGCAUGAGGAUGACAAUAUCCAUGAUGUUCUUCAGCUGUUGGUGGCUCUGAUGUCAGAACACCCAGCCUCCAUGAUCCCAGCCUUCGACCAGAGGAACGGCAUACGGGUGAUCUGUAAACUCCUAGCCUCUAAGACUGAGAGCAUCAGAGUCCAGGCUCUCAAAGUCCUGGGAUACUUCCUCAAACACCUCGGACACAAGAGGAAAGUGGAGAUCAUGCACACACACAGCCUGUUCACCCUGCUGGGAGAGAGGCUGCUGAUCCACACCAACACCGUCAGCGUCACAACCUACAACACACUUUACGAGAUUCUGACAGAACAGGUGUGUACCCAGGUAGUCCACAAGCCCCACCCAGAACCUGACUCCACCGUCAAGAUACAGAACCCCAUGAUUUUGAAGGUGGUAGCGACCUUGUUGAAGAACUGUAGUCCUGAACUGAUGCAGGUCAAGACACUGUUCCUGUCUGACAUGAUCAAACUGUUCAGCAGCAGCCGAGAGAACAGACGGUGUCUGUUACAGUGUUCGGUGUGGCAGGACUGGAUGUUCAGUCUGGGAUACAUCAACCCCAAGAGCCCAGAGGAACAGAAGAUAGCAGAGAUGGUCUAUAACAUCUUCAGGAUCCUGCUCUACCACGCCAUCAAGUAUGAGUGGGGGGGAUGGAGGGUCUGGGUGGAUACGUUGUCCAUCGCUCACUCCAAGGUAACAUACGAGGCCCAUAAGGAGUACCUGGCUAAGAUGUACGAGGAGUACCAGCGACAGGAGGAGGAGAACAUCAAGAAGGGAAAGAAAGGUUCCGUCUCCACCAUCUCCGGCCUCUCGGCCACGCCCGCCCCCGUCGUCAACGGCGACCUGGAGAUCCGCGAGCUGGACGACCACUCACAGACGCAGACCCCAGAAAGCGAGGCCGAGUACGGAGAGGGAGGAGGAGUGGAUUCCAGGAACCUGCUCGCUGAGGGAGGGGUGGAGACGAAAGGACCCAACGGGGAGGCGUUGACCCCUGGGGAACAGGGGUCAGGGGAAAGGGCCGAAGUUCAUGACCUCCUGGUGGAUAUCAAGGCGGAGAAAGUGGAGGCUACGGAGGUCAAAUUAGAUGACCUGGAUCUAUCCCCGGAAGGGACGGGACUGGGUGGAGGAGGGAUAGGAGGAGGAAGGAUGGGGAACGGGCCCCUGGUGGAGGUAGACUCCCUGUUGGACAGUGCCUACUGUGUUGUGGUGCGGAAGCUGAAUGGCAACCACAGUAACCUGGUGCCUAAAGAUGACACGGUGGUCACGGGGGCGGAGGCGGGGCCUGACGCCAUGGAGGAUGAUGGGAACAUGGGUCCGCUCAUCACCCUCACUGACGAGAAGGACAGCGUCCCGAACAACAGAGGAUUCCUCUUCAGCAAGGUUGAUGAGAAGCUUCUUCCAGCGCUGGCUUCCACAGAACCCCUGGUCCUUCCCAGCCCGGACCAGCCCCUCUCCUCAGGCCCCCUGGUCCUUCCCAGCCCGGACCAGCCCCUCUCCUCAGGCCCCGUCCACUCCUCCACCUGCCCCAGCGAUGACCUGAGUCUUCUGGCCCACAUGACCUCAUGCGGAGGCUCAGACCUGAGCCAAGCCCACGGAGGGCUCCCCGAAGACGGGCCCUUCAAUAUCCAGAGACCCCUGGCUAACAUCAGCUCCAUCGCCCAGAGAGAGAGCCAGGCAGCUGAGUUCCAGGGCUACCCAGAGGUAGAGUUCCCGUCUGGGGCAGAUGGAGAGGUGGCGGGGGGUAAGGCUGGAGGUGACGCGGCUAGCACCACAUCUGAUACUGAAAGGUCUGAUGAUGGGAAGGAGAAAGAGAUGGAGAAGAUACAGACAACCGCUACUACUCAGGCACUCCGUGGUCAUCCGGCGACCCAGUCAGAGCGUGACCUGCGUGUGGACCUGGCCUUUAGAGGGAUGAUGACAGAACCCAUGACGGAGGAGCAGCGACGCCAGUUCAGCCCCGGGCCUCGCACCACCAUGUUCCGUAUCCCAGAGUUUAAGUGGUCGCCCAUGCAUCAGCGCCUCCUCACAGACCUGCUGUUCGCCCUGGAGACCGACGUGCACGUGUGGAGGAGCCAUUCGACCAAGUCAGUGAUGGACUUUGUGAACAGCAAUGAGAACAUCAUCUUUGUCCACAACACCAUUCAUCUCAUCUCUCAGAUGGUGGACAACAUCAUUAUUGCCUGUGGAGGAAUCCUUCCUCUACUCUCUGCUGCCACCUCCCCCUCUAGUUCAAAGGUCAGUGCAAACACUGUAA